UAUCUAUUGAUACGUAUAGAGUCACAUACUAUAAUUAGUCACAAUUUAUUAUUUGAAUUUCGAAUUUUCCUUAUGUUAUUUGUUUAUGUGUACAUCGGUUGCCAGUUCUAAUUUAUUGAGUGUUGCAUUUGCCUCAUCAUGUACUCGUAUUAUUUAUGGUGUCUUUUAGUAUUAUUAUAUACACGUAUAUCGGGAUCGGAGUCAAAGACGGAUUACUACCAUGAAUUGUCUAUGGCGAGACUUACCGCUCCAACAGCUAUAUCGAAUGAUAGUCUUUUCGGCUACAGCAUUACGUAUGUGCCGAAAAAUAAGAGAUUGAUAGUAAGUGCACCAAAAGCGAGUUUUAUUGGAGAAAUAUAUAAUUGUGAUAUAGAGCAUCAGGACUGCAUGUUAAUGGAUCACGCCUUCACAAGUCAGACCGAAGACCACUAUUCUUGGUUUGGCGCAACAGUAAAAGCAGGAAAGGACUUCUUUGUGACUUGUGCACCACGAUAUUUGACGAUAAUAAAAAAGGUAAACGGAACACAAAGCCGCUGCUAUAAGUAUUCAAGUGCAUCUAAGCACUUUCGACCAGAUAAUUUGAAUAUAGUUUAUGACAAAACAGUCAAGGGUCCCGAGGAACGUCUAAUGAAUUCCUAUGGAUGGAGCAUGGUUGUUGCUGGUCGGAAUGUGACUGUAGGAGGUCCAGCGGUCUACAAAGGUCGAGUUAUGCAGUACUCUGAUAUUUAUUUGAAAUCAGUAAGACCAACUUUGAUCUACGGACAGGAAUUGGAGUCGAUACAGUAUAAUUUUGGUUACAGUAUUGCAGUCGGCCAUUUUUUAAGAGAUGGUGUAACGAGUUUUGCAUUCAGCACGCCAUAUGGUGAAGUUGGAUAUGGAAAGAUACUAUUAUAUGAUGAGAAGACGAAAAAGUGGUAUUCAAUUAAAGAUAACACUAUUGACCGAGUGGGGUCUCUAUACGGGGCAUCGAUGUGUUCUGCUCGCCUCGAGAGAACAAGGUCAGCGCUGUUGGUCGGUGCGCCCGCGCACGCCGCCGAUCAACAGUACGAUGUCGGUGCUGUAUACAUUUAUACGUUCAGCAGGGACUCGAGUAAUAUGAAGCUUCAAUCUACUGUUUACGGUCAAAAGGAUGGAAGUUAUUUCGGCUACACUCUGGCCAGCCUUGGAGACUUGAACGGUGACGGAUGGGACGAGGUAGCAAUUUCAGCACCAUAUGAAGACGAUGGUCGUGGUGCAGUGUAUAUAUACUCCGGGAAGCACUUGCUCACCAAAUCGACGAAAGAAUUGACCUGGUUGCAGCGCAUACAACCGGAAGGAUUCCAAGCAUUUGGCUUGAGUGUCUCGAUUAUUGACGAUUAUGAUGAAAAUGGUUGUAACGAAUUGGCUAUCGGAGCGCCUAAUAACAAUAUGGUCGUUGUGCUUAGGUGCAUGGCGACAAUCACAUUCCGAGUGCAAAAACUAAAACCCGACAAGGAAAAACUUAGAAGUACUUCAACAACAGGACCCUUAUUUAAAUUUCAUUCGUGUAUCGAUAUCGAGUAUCCUAAAAAAUUGAAGCAUAUCUAUGCAAAUGUCUCUGUGACAAUUGCAAUAAUACACCAGAACUGCAAAUUAAAAAAUGCAACAGACAACAGCGGUACGGUGUUGACGCAUUAUAUACCGGUGCAUGUAUUGUACAAUAAAACAACGAAAUACUGUAGAGACGUGACAAUUGCUACACCACUGGAGGACACAUAUGACCCACUGGUCCAUUACAAAAUAUCAAUGACACUCCACGAUGAUCCGAGGAAUCAUUCAGUCUUCAAUCAGUCCCGAGUUGUUAUGAGUGACAGCGGUGACACGUCGAUAACUGAUUCGGUCUCGAUAAACGAGUGCAGUGGAGGUGAAUGUAUACCCAAACUAUACUUAUAUGUGAAGCUUUCUUUUCCGCCAUCAUACGUUAUAGGCAGUAGCAAAACCGAAUCGAUGAACAUAAAAGUAGGCAAUUCAGGCGAUGUUGCCUAUGACGCUUGCUUUUACGUGGACGUGAAAGGAGUACGUAUCAAAGAAUGGCCUCGCUCUUGCAACUGGGAUGAUGGCAGAGACGGAUUGAAAUGCAGACCAUUAGUACUGUUAAGAAACAAUACAGCCUUUGAUAACGAUCUCAUAGUGCUUGAUACACAAAGCCUCAGAAGCAACGAUGAAUCCGUUAAGGUUAAUGUAGCACUAUUUAAUCGAUGCGACGGGAAUGUGUCGAAGACAUUUACGAAAGUGAUUCCAUUGCUAACGGACAGCACAGGCGUGACGGUUAAAGGAUCGACAACAGGUGGCGACGUUGUUAACGUAACAAAAGACAAUAUAGACUUUACAGGGAAACAAGUGCACCACGUAUAUUCCAUACACAACAAUGCUUCCACAACCUGGGUGAACUUUUCAAUGAUAAUCACUCUAAAGAAGCAGCCCUAUAUCAACAACUACACUAGAAAUAUUGAAGAUGUGUACGACUGUACAGAAUUUGAUGAAACAAAUGAGACGUAUUUAGCUAAAUGUAUAGUUAAUAUAUUGAAGCCGAACCGUAAAAUUGAAGUCAUCCUAUCUAUAAACUUACCACCAAAAACAUUAGGAGAGUUUUUGAAGGUAGCAGGAGCCCCAGUCGUUUCCCGUCUUGAAAUUGUUCUUGGAAAGGAUACCAAAUCAUACAGCAUUAAAAGCAGUCUUCUCCUGUACAACGUUGAGGUACCACUUUGGAUCAUCAUCGCUGCCUCCCUCGUCGGACUUCUGCUCCUAAUCAUCAUAGGUUUUAUUUUACACGAGUGUGGAUGUCUCAAGCGUAAAAAUAAAGAAAGACUGCAAGAACUGAAAAGGAAUGUCAGAAGACAAAGUAUGAGACGGACCAUGUUAUUAAGAGAAAGCGUACUUAAUUCGCAUACAAUAGACACUCGGCCUCUUAUAGAGAAAUCAGAUGGCAGAAACAACGUACAAAGUGGUCAAGAUAUGCCCCCACAAGCUCCGCACACAGCGCAGGCCCAAAUUGAACCUAACAUAUCCCAAUAUGACACACCUGACCAAAAACCCAAACUAACUUUACUCGACUCUGAUUUUGUAACAAUAAUACCCGAACAACAAUCAAUUACAAAAGCAUGCAGUUCAACCGUAGCCCCUAAACCGACCCCAGCACCCAAACCGACACCAGCAUCUCCACCGAAUAAGAUGAUCAAUGUAGACAGUACAUCUGGUUCACAGAAACUAAACAAAAUAAGCGCCGACGUCAUUCUGGGCGGUCUCCAAAAGAAUAUAUCGAACCAAUAAAAUUUCUCGGUCAGUACCUCAAGUCUAUCUAAGAUUAAGUAGUACAUACUCGUAUAUAAGUAAUAAUACUUUCAGUAUUAGUUACAACGUUUGUAUUUCCAUAAUAAUAAGUUUAAUUUUUAUUGUAUAUUAUGACAAUUUCAUAGUUACAAUAGAUAUAAAAAUACGUAUCCUAUUUUUGUUAUAAGAAUGUUACAAAUUUGGUUUAAAAAUUUAAAAAUGCAUUUCAAUUAUUUUCAAAACUUAAUUAUAUUUAUACUUAUUCUAAGUAGUUCUAUGGAUCUAUAAUAUAAUGCAUAAUUAUCUCUUA